AUGCAACAAAUUGAAGAAUAUAAUCAAAACAACAUUCAGUCCUACAAUCGUCUGAUGGAAACACUUAGUUUAUUAUUAAAAGAUUCUUCGUUGACAUGGAAAGAACAAAAGAUCACAUUAUCAUUAUUAUGUAAUCUUCGUCAAAAUCGUGUGCCAAUGCCAUUAUCCUGUAUUGAAACUUUUCUCGAUUGUCUCAUUCAUGAUCAUAUAGAAAUACGAAGAUUAGCUAUCAUAGGAAUUAUUUCAAUAUGUCGUUUGCAAAAGCCACCACACAUCUAUGUAGAAAAAUCUCUCAAAGAAAUUUUAUCUAACAAUGGUAAACCACUUCCUCAUAUUACUACUGAUCAGUGCCAUCCGGGUGAUCGAGAGGAUAACUUAUGGUUGACAUUUAAUGAUUAUAAACCACCGGAAACACAAAUCGAAUGGGAAGAAACAUGCUUUUUAGAUAAACCCUUUCAUGGAUAUUAUACUUGGCCAAAAAUAAUUAAAUACCCAAUGAAUAAACGAGUACGUUAUACAAAAGAUCAUGAAAUGCCCAAAGACGUAACCAUUUUAUAUGAUCGUUUUAUGAAUAAACAAUUUGUAAGACAACUCACACAAUUGAUGAUUUUGAACGAGAAUGAAGAACAAAAGAACUUUGAUAAAGAUCAAUUUGUUAUGUUUAAAGGUCUAUUUCGUAAUUUUGGUUUGGCAUUUUUUGAUAAUUUCAUGGAACAAUUGAACGAACUCGUUCAUGAAAAGAUCACAAAAAAACAAGAAGGUAGUCAUCGAGUAGCUGCACAAAUCGUAGCAGGAAUGAUUUGUGGCUCAAAAAAUUGGACAUUACAAAUGUUAAAUGAACUAUGGGAAAAACUCACGCCUUUCCUUACCGAAAUUUGUAAUAAUCUUAAUUCCGAAAUAAAACCGCACUGGAACAAAUGUUUCUUUUAUAUCAUCGUAAAUAAAGAUCCGCGUCGAAUGUUUCGCGUAAUUCAUUUUUUGUGCACACUGGUUAAUGCAAAAUCAACAUUGAAUACAUUUAAUGAAUCUGCACGUUGGCAUUUAAUUCGAAACUUAGACAAAUUUCACUGGCGUAUACCGUCUGUUUGGUGUGAAGUGUAUAAACACAUUGCAGAAUUACUCGAUCAUUCAUCGCUGAGUGUUCGUAUUCGUAUUGCUGAUGUAUUAGCAUUGUCAAUGAGUCAUGAUGUUACAUUGUUCAAUAAUCAAUCGACUCGUCAACCAAAUAUUAAUGUAUUUCUCGACACUAUAUCUGAACGAUUGAAUCAAGCCAUCGACAUUUGUGAAGGAUUACCAAUAAAUCUGAUUUCAGAUCAGAUUCUUAAGACUGAUCUCGAAACUCAGAAAGCUUUCAAUUUCAUUGAAACAGUGGUACUGACGAAUUACUAUAUAUUUGACUCGUCUCAGCAACCGAUCAAAAAUGGAAUUAUUCGUCUUUUUCCUUUCCUUUGUGAAAUCAAGAGUGUUGCAGGAUGUGAUGAGAACUUUAAAGCAUUGUUGACAGCUAGUCGACUAUGUGUUGGAAUCAGUUAUUUAGAUUUCUCGUUUUUAAAUACAUUCGUUCAACAACUAUCACAAAUUUGUGUAAGCACUAAAUGGCAUGCAAGUCGAGCGGCUAUUGAAUUUGUUCAAACUAUGAUUUUUUGUAAUCUAUUCAAUGCACGUCCUUAUGUUAAACAAGUACAUGAACUUGUUCUCAACUGUCUCUCUGAUGAACACUUCGAAGUGCGAAUAGCUGCACGAAGUACUUUAUCUGAUUUAUAUCAAUGUGGCUACAUUCAAAUAACAUCAAAAGAACUAAACAAUUUUGGUUUGAUGAGCAAAACUAAUUAUUUCACCAAGAUCGAUGGUAAGAAAGUAAUCCUAUCGAAUAAUAUGACCAAACGUCAUGCUGGUGUUUUGGGACUUUGUGCGAUCGUUCUUUCCAGUCCAUAUGAUAUUCCAAUUCACGUUCCAGAUGCAUUGAUGCUUCUCUGUGAACAUUUGGACGAUCCUGAUCUAAUUCAAAAAUCGAUCAAACAAUGUUUAUCAGAGUUUCGUCGCACACAUCACGACUCAUGGCAUGAACAUCGAGAACGAUUUACUCAAGAUCAAUUGACAAUUUUAGCCGAUGCACUAGUUUCUCACAAUUAUUAUAUUUGA